AUGACAACUUCAUCCAAACGAAGCAAAAGAACUGAGCCAACAACAUCAGCUGAGCCUAUAGAGUUCAAUAAGGAUCAGUAUUCCAUUAUCAUGGAGAUCAAAGAUCAAUACGAACUGAAGGCGCCAGCAGAAAUGAAGACGCCCUACAGAAACAGAGAGAAAAGCAAGUACUGCCAUUUCCACAAAGAUUGUGGUCACGAGACGAACGAAUGUAAGCAUCUGAAAAGAGCUUUAGAAGACUUAGCUCACAAGGGUAAGAUGAAUUCUUAUCUACCUCAAGCAAGUAGAAAGUUCCAGAAGAAAGAUAAUCGUCAAGGCAGAAGAAAGGAUGAUGAAAGCACUGACGAAGAUGUAGUGCUAGUGAUAUCUGGGGGAUUCGCAGCAGGGGGUCCUACUAAUCGCGGCCACAAAAACUAUCUACGGGAACUCAGUCAGGUAAUGCUGACCAAUCAGGCAGAAUCUGACCCUUUCCCUGAAAUUGUGGUUAGCGAACUGGAUCGCGGGAAGAUAAGAACACCCCAUGACAACCCAUUGGUGGUAGAGAUGAAAAUAGCAAAUCUCAGGGUAAGACGGAUCUUCAUUAGUGUGGAUUAUCUGGCAAGAUUGAAGUUUGAUGAGAAUAAUCUGGUUCCAGUCAACCAUCCCAUUAUUGGAUUCGGAGGAGGGAUUACCCGUCAGGGUAGGGGACAAGGAAGCCUCAUGGACGCUCUUUGUUAA